AUGCAGGGCGACGAAUCGGACGGCGCGAUCGCGGGCGAGAGAGUGGCCGCGCUGAGAGCGGUGCAAGCGCGCCGGCAGGAGCUGCUGCAGGCGCUGCGAGCGUUGGAUGAGGAAGAUCGACGGUUGAGACUAGGCGAGGGGCGAGAGACGGAGGGGCGAGAGCCGGAAGGGGAGAGACGGAGAGAAGGGGGAGACGACGGAAAGCGAAAGCCGGAAACUCAGGAAGCGGAAUGUGGGGAAGCGGGCGGAGGGAAGCGCAGCGGCGGAGUGGAGAGCGCGAGCGGAGCGGAAUCGAAUGCGCGCUCGCCGGCUGCUGACGGCCCCGCGAUUGGGGCGGCGGAGGGGGGGAAUGGGGAUAGAGACGAUAGCGGGUUACCAAAGGGGGGCGCGGAACUUGAGGGAGCGGGGGCGGAAGCGGCCGGCGGGGUGGGUGAGGGGGGGCGCAGCUUCGAGGCGGAGCACGCGUUGAGCGCGCGGGAGGUGCAGCGCUACUCGCGGCAGCUCAUGCUGCCGUCGUUCGGCGUCGCAGCGCAGCAGCGGCUGAGGCGCGGGUCAGUGCUGGUGGUGGGCGCGGGCGGGCUGGGGUCGCCGGCUGCACUCUACCUGGCGGCGUGCGGCGUGGGUGCGUGGAGGGGGGCGAUGGGUGGGGGCAGUGAGGGUGGUGAGGGCAGGGGGCAGGGCGAGUGGGGGGACAGGCGCAUAGGCAUCGUGGACAGGGAUGACGUGGAGCUGUCCAACCUGCACAGACAGAUCAUCCAUUCGGAGGCGGCAGUUGGUCGCCCCAAGACAGAGUCUGCUGCUGCUGCCUGCACCAGGUUGAAUUCGGACAUCACAGUGGAGACGCACAGCCACGGCUUCACACCCGCCAAUGCCGUCCACCUCGUUUCCAGGUACGACGUGCUGCUGGACGCGUCUGACAACGUGGCCACGCGCUACCUCGCCAGCGACGCUGCCGUCGCCGCCUGCAAGCCACUCGUGUCAGGAGCAGCGCUGGGCACUGAAGGCCAGAUCACGGUGUACGGUGCGUCGCCCACAGCGCCGUGCUACCGCUGCCUCUUCCCCUCACCGCCUCCCACCUCCGCCUGCCAGCGCUGCUCCGACAGCGGCGUGCUGGGCGCCGUGCCGGGGGUGAUAGGCGUGCUGCAGGCAGUGGAGGCGGUGAAGGUGGUGGCGGGGGUGGGCGCGCCCCUCUCAGCGCGCAUGCUCGUCUACGACGCCCUCGCUGCCUCCUUCCUCAACGUGAAGCUGCGCAGCAGGGUGGCGUCGUGUGUGGCGUGUGGGGAGGGCGCCACCAUGACGGCGGACAGCAUCAGCGCCUUGGACUACCAGGCCUUCACCUCCUCUCCCUUCCACGACCAGGGCCCCAAGUCCCUCUCUCUCAUCCCUCCCAGCCAACGAGUGCCGCCCACCGCUCUCCUCGCCGCCCGGCAGCAGCGCCGCCCGCACGUGCUGCUGGACGUGCGGCCGCCCCACCUCUUCUCCAUCGCCCACCUGCCCGGCGCCAUCAACACGCCCCUCGCCACUCUGCCGGCCGCCCUGGACGAGAUCAAAUCAGCCGCCCUGGCAGCUGCCACGUCAGCAUCCUCCACAGCAUCACAGCAGGCACCUGCAGCGCCCGGUGAGCAGGCAGCAGCAGCAGAGGAGCAGCAAGGAGGUGGGCGUGGGGGGGAGGGAGAGGGAGGGGUGGAGGUGGCGGUGUUUGUGGUGUGCCGGCGGGGCAACGACUCCCAGCGGGCGGUGGGCGUGCUGAGGGAGGCGGGAGUGGGGUCGGCUGUCAGUGUGGAUGGCGGCAUGCUCGCAUGGGGGGCUCACAUUGACCCCUCCUUCCCCUCCUUCUGA